CUUUAACAUUUACACGGGUUUGUGCCUCAGUGUGUCUCAGGUGAAGCUGUUGAACUUCAGCAUUUCCUGUUUGAACUUUAAAUCACCGCACUAAUCCUCAUGGCUGUAUUUUUAACUCCAAGAGAUUAAGAGUGUGUGAAGUGAUUUAAUCUCCUGCUCCUUGUAUUCUGCUCUGUUUUUCUUGAUCUUGCAGACUGCAGAGUAGCUACGUGACAUCUACAAUUGAGAAAAUCUUUUGUCACAGCAAUGAUGAACCACUCGAGGCGUCAUUUCAAACAGCUGAUAAAGAGGCGAUCAAGUCUUUUUGCUAGCAUUAAACUCAAUGCCAGCUUCUCAGAAAUCGGGGAAGAAGAGGACAGUGCUUUUCCUUUUUCACAAGACAGUUCUGUUAAACCAUGGACAUCGAUGGACAGACUUGACAGUCCAGCAAUUAAAGUAGAAGAUUUAAAAAAUACAAGUAAAGAAAAUAAAAGUAACGAUACAAAGCCACUGUACAGACAUUCAGGUAUGAUAAGUCUUAAUGUAGGUGGAAAAUUGUUCCAUAUUUCAACACAUCUGGCCAUGAAAUUUCCAAAAUCACGAAUUGGGGCUUUAGCUGUGUGUUCAGAUCCUGUGAAGCGUCUGACACUCUGUGAUGAUUACUGUGUGACCAAUAAUGAAUUUUUCUUUGACCGAGACCCAACGUUCUUCCACUACAUCUUCCAUCUUUACUACAGUAACAUGCUGUGGGUGAUGGAGAGUGUGUGUCCUAUUCACUUUGAGGAAGAACUUGAGUUUUGGGGUUUAAACCUGAAUGACACACCUCGCUGCUGUCGAAUCCUGUACGAGGAAAAAGUGGAUGAAAUUCGAGACCAGCUGAAGGUGAAUAAAGAACUGAUGGCUGAAAUCGAGCCAAUUCACAAUGAUGAGGGUUUCAAAACAAUGUUUCUGGGCGAUUUCCGUAAGACUCUUUGGGAUUUAAUGGAAAAUCCAUACUCGUCUGUUGGGGCAAAGUUCUUCGCUGUGUUGUCCACCACUUUUGUGCUUAUCUCAAUCGUGGCCAUGACUCUAAACACUGUGAGUGAACUGACACUGUAUAAAAUUUAUGGAAAAACAUACAUGGAGUUUGUUGAGAUCAUGUCAAUUCUCUUUUUCACUUUUGAGUAUUUCCUUCGGCUCCUGACCACCUGCGAUGUGAAGAAUUUCCUGAAAAGUGCCCUGAACUUUGUUGACUUGGUAGCUGUGAUGCCAUAUUUUAUUCAGCUGGUGUUUGAGGUGUUUUCUGAUCAGGAAGAUCUGAGUGUUCAGGAUGACAUCAAAACAAUGUCACGAGUAAGCAAAGUCAGCAAAGUCCUAAAAAUUGUCAAAUUGAUGAGAAUUUUUCGUAUUCUAAAAUUAGCAAGGCACUCAACAGGAAUGCGAGCAUUUGGUUUCACUCUGCGUCAGUGUUUCGAGCAGGUUUGCGUCUUAUUUUUAUUUAUUAUUUUAGGAAUUUUUGUUUUUUCAUCUCUAAUGUACUCUGUGGAACAGGACGUGACGGGAACUCCGUUCAGCAGCAUUCCAGAUACGUGGUGGUGGGCAGCCGUGAGCAUCUCCACUGUGGGCUACGGCGAUGUGAUUCCAGUUUCAUUCUCUGGUUGUGUUGUGGCAUUUGGCUGCAUUUCAUUCGGGAUUAUUUUAAACGGAAUGCCAAUUUCUAUUCUAUUUAAUAAAUUUUCAGAUUACUACGCCAAACUCAAAGCACAGGAAUAUACCAACACUAAAGUCCAGCGCAGUCUGCACCUUAGAAAACGCUUACAACAAAAGUUAGAUAAUUGUUUUAAUCUACAAGAAAGUCAAACCGACAAUGAAUUUCAGGACCAGAGAUGAAACUUUACACAUUGGUUAAUUACAUUCUGAUCAAAUGUGAAUUUAUGUUUAGUGGUGUUUAAUAAAUGUUAAAUUUUCACCUGAAUAAAAGUUCUCAUUUUGGUUUUAGGUAAAUAUUUUUUAUUUAUGCUUCUAGGUGUGUAUUUAAGGUGUAUAUACUCAUCAUAGCAUUAAUAUUUAUAUAGCAGAUGAUAUUUAACACAUCUAUUAAAACUGAACACCACUCAAUCUUUGUGGAGAUUUAAUCCAUGUCCCGAACAGCCAAAGUGGUUUAAGGAUAACGUGUUAAUCAGCUUUAAGUCUUAACGCAUUAACGGACAAACUGGAGAGUCUUUAUUGGCGUCUGCAAUGUGAGUGUGUGUCAUUCUUAAAAAAAAAAAAAAAUGAAAAUGUCAGAAAUUUAAUGAAUAAAAAUGUAAAUGGUUUAGGGUUAGGGUUUAUUCUGAAUUGAUUUUUAAUUUUUCUUACAAAAUUAGUAUGUAUUUGUAUGAUCUGAGAUUUGUAAUAUUAAAUUUCAAAUUAAAUGACAUUUAUCUGUGUA